AUGAAACAGCAGGAACCCUCUUUGCAAGUAGACCUUGAGUGUCGCGAGAGCGACAUCUACUGCAGCGACAACUUUAUUGACGGCAAAUGGUCUGCUUCCCAGUCGCAAAAGCGCUUCGAUGUUGUUGACCCUGGGAGCGGCAAGAUCUGGGCAUCUCCUCCAGAUUCGGUAGCUGCGGAUGUGGAAACUGCGAUACAAUCUGCACACAAGGCGUUUCAAACCUACAGUCGCGAAGUGCCCAGGAAACGAGCCGAGCUGAUCUUGGCAUGGCAUCAGCUUAUUCUUGCCCACAAGGAAGACCUUGCUCGGAUACUUGUGCAUGAGACUGGAAAGCCUCUUUCCGAGGCAUACGAUGAAAUCACCUACGCUACCACAUUCACCUGGUGGUUUAUGGGAGAGGCAGAGCGCAUCCAAGGGUCGAAUAUUAAGAGUGCCACGCCCGGCAGACGAGCCUUCGUUAUCAAGCAACCUAUCGGCCCCGUUGCUGCUCUGGUGCCUUGGAAUUUCCCCAUAGCCCUCUGUCUCAGAAAAGCAAGUGCUGCGCUGGCGGCAGGGUGCACAAUGGUUGUGAAACCGUCUCCAGAAACCCCAAUUACGGCGUUAUGCUUAGCCAGCCUAGCACUGAAAGCCGGAUUCCCACCCGGAGUCUUGAACGUCGUGACGACCAGCCUGGAGAAUACGCCACGUGUGUCAGAAGCAAUGUGUACACAUCCACUGAUCAAAAAGGUCAGCUUCACAGGUAGCACACGUGUGGGAAAGCUCAUUGCAGGCUUGUGUUCGAGAUCCCUGAAGAAGUCAACCCUCGAGCUUGGGGGAAACUGCCCCUUCAUCGUUUUCGAGGAUGCGGACCUUGCCAGCGCGGCGAGUCAACUUUCUGCUUUGAAAUGGCGACAUGCCGGACAAGCCUGUAUCACGGCAAACAGAGUAUUUGUGCAACGGGCUAUCUACAAAGAGUUUGUCGCCAAAGUGGUGGCAAAGGCCAGCGGUUUUGUCGUUGGCCACGGAAUGAAUAGAGAAUCUACAAUGGGGCCUGUGACCACCCGUCGCUCAUUGAUCAAGGCAGAGGAACUGGCGACGGAUGCCGUGGCUAAAGGCGCGAAGAUUAUCCUGGGGAGCGGGAAGCCUGCUGGACGAGCAGGCUUUUUCAUGGAACCAACAGUAUUGACUGGUGUACAAGACAAUAUGUUGAUGAGUGUCGAAGAAAUCUUUGCACCAGUCCUCGGCAUCUCGGUCUUUGACACUGAAGAGGAAGUGGUGAAGAGAGCCAACAACACGAGCUUGGGCCUAGCAAGUUAUGUUUUCACCCAGGAUGCCGACAGGCUAUGGAGGACGCUCGAAAAUCUGGAAGCCGGUAUGAUAGGAUUGAAUACCGGUGGAAGCUCUGCGGCCGAGGCACCGUUCGGUGGCAUCAAGGAAAGUGGUUGGGGCAAAGAAAGUGGCAAAGACGUUGCACUGGAUGAGUUCAUGGUCACCAAGACGGGGACAUUGACGGUCAAAGGGCAUUGUUGA